AUGAUAAUGUUUUAUUGCACGAACACAAAACCAGGGUCGCCGUACUCUGCCGACGCCUAUUACAAUGGACACCUGGAAGGUCUGCUUCAGCACAAACUGGAGAAGUUCAAGGAGAUCAUGCUGUCGGGGUACCGGAGUCUGGGCAUCCGCGUCAUGGAUCCUCUGGACGUCCCCGACGCCGACAUGUCGCCCAUCUUAGGGGGAGACAUCUUCACUUUCCAGCUAUCGCAGAUUCAGGUGCGCCACCUGUCGACGUACGUGGUGACCCGGUUGGCGGCGCUCGUCAAGGACUCCAAGGUGUACCUGACCUUUGAGGUGCCCAGGGUGACCGCCACGAUGCGCUACAACGUUACGGGCUCUCUCUUCGAAGUGUUUCCCCUCAAGGGCGACGGUCAGUGCGACCUGGCGUACAGCAACGUCACUGUGAGUGCCGUCGCUCACCUCAAGACGAGCAAGGGCAAGUUUCAGUUCACCAACUUCGAAGACGCCAGUGUGGACUUCGAGACGGACCAAGUGCUGGUCCCACACGUUACACCUGGUUCCCUCACGGGUCUGGGAAGCCAGGUGGGCAGGGUAAUCUUCUGGACAUUGGCCAAACAAGUCGACCGCACGCUUCCGGACAACCUACUGCGCUACCUCAACGACGCGCUGGAACGGGCACCCCGACCGAUUGCCGGUCAAGUUCAUCAGUGA